AGACUCUUCACAAGUACUCUCUGCCUUCAACGUGAGAAGAACUCAAAAGUUUAUCAAUAAUUCUUAAAGAAUAAGGGCAUACAGUGGCCAUACCUCAUAGAUACCUGUCCAUCAGUAUUCAAGAAUUGUGGAAAUUUAUCAAGAUUUUCAACUUGAAAUUUGUUUUCAAUUAGGUAGGGUAUAAGGUAUUGAUGAUCCGCUGAGUAAUAACCCAACUCUCAACAAAAUGUGGAGGCUAAGUGAAUCCAUUUUGGGGGAGAAUGAAGAGCAGCAAGAUAAUCUGUUUGGUGACCAAGAAGCCCUCUGCUCUGUGUCCCCUUUACAGAGAGUUUAUGGUUUCGCGGCUUGUCUGCUCGCCGGCUUUAUUUGUAUGUUCCUGUCAAUGAUCGUGUUCAUCAAGCCCAUCAAAUUUGCCUUGUUAUUUACUUUUGGCAACAUGUUGGCCAUUGGAAGCACAGCUUUUCUCAUUGGACCUAUGCAGCAACUUUCAAUGAUGAUGGAUCCAGUUCGUGCCUAUGCCACAUCCAUGUAUGUUGGAUGCGUUGUUUUAGCUCUCAUUUGUGCACUCUGGAUCCACAGUAAGAUUCUGACUCUACUUGCAAUCAUAUGCGAGAUAUGUGCCCUUGUCUGGUACAGUUUAAGUUAUAUUCCUUUUGCCCGUAGAAUGGUUUCAAAUGUCACAAUCCGUCUUUUUGACACUGAAAUCUAGUGGAUUCAAUGCGGAAGCAACAUCACUCCAGUAUAUUUUUGAGUGCUGGACUCUAGUCUACUCAAUUUGGAAGAGAUUCUUCCCUGCCGAUUAUUUUUGAAGAGAUUUAUAAUUCUUUUUGGUUUUCAUCUGAUGACAGACGGAACUCCACUUUUCAAUCAGGUGUGAAUGAAUUCGCUUGGACAGUUAAAUUUUAUGCUGACAUAGGUUGUACCCUCUGGUUUCUUUUCAUUUCAGAAAGUUAUGGUUGCUUUCUUCUUCUGCUGCCUUGUUCACCUCAUAGUUGUCCCUUGCCAUGAUUGACAAAGAUUUCAUCCCUCGCCCUCACACAUCAAAUUUAAAAUCAUUGUUGAAUCAAAUCACACUCUUGAUGUAUGUCUGUUCUACUUAGUUCUGUUGUCUUUCAACUUUGAUAUUAUGUUUUGCAUUAUGAACAAAUAUAUCUAUUCUUUCUGAUAUAUAGUUGCUUAUAUUUAAGGAAACUACAUUGGGAAUCACUGGAUAAUAAAAUUGGCCAUGUUAUUAUUUCUUA